GCUUUUUAAGUUGCCUUUCUCUUCAGAACCUUAAAAUGGGCAACACAAGCAGUGAACGUGCUGGAGUGGAGCGCCAAGGGGGGCACAAGACUCCUCGGAGGGACAGCUCUGGAAAGGAAGGGGACAGGCCUAAGAUCUUGAUGGACAGCCCUGAAGAUGCCGACUUGUUUCAUGGGGAGGAAAUCAAGGCUCCCCUGGAGAAAGAUGAGUUCCUGGCUUGGCAGCAUGACGUGGAAGUGAACAAUAAAGCUCCUACUCAAGCCCGGCCGACUGUCUUCCGCUGGACUGGAGGAGGCAAAGAGGUUUACUUAUCAGGCUCAUUUAACAACUGGAACAAACUUCCACUUACACGGAGCCACAAUAAUUUUGUAGCCAUCCUAGACCUCCCAGAAGGUGAGCACCAAUACAAAUUCUACGUGGAUGGUCAGUGGACACAUGAUCCUUCAGAGCCUGUAGUUACUAGCCAGCUGGGGACUCUCAACAAUGUUAUUCAGGUGAAGAAAACAGAUUUUGAAGUGUUUGAUGCUUUAAUGGUGGACUCCCAAAAGUGCUCUGACAUAUCCGAGCUAUCAAGUUCACCCCCUGGGCCCUAUCACCAGGAACCCUACAUCUGUAAGCCAGAGGAGCGCUUCAAGUCUCCACCCAUUCUUCCUCCACAUCUGCUGCAAGUUAUCCUAAACAAAGACACAGGCAUAUCAUGUGAUCCAGCUCUGCUUCCGGAGCCUAACCACGUCAUGUUGAAUCACCUGUAUGCACUGUCCAUCAAGGAUGGGGUGAUGGUGCUCAGUGCCACCCACCGUUACAAGAAGAAAUAUGUGACUACUUUGUUAUAUAAGCCCAUAUGAAGCAGUACUGGGCUGCCUAGUCUGUGGAGUAGCAGAGGGAACAAACCAAAAAACGAACAAACCCAAAGACUAUCCACUUUGGUGAAGCAGUAGCAGACUUGUUCUCAAAUCAUACCAGUUUUUUUUAGUUCAGAUCUAAUGCAUAGUUGCCUUGCUCUCUUCUUCCUACUGUGGACGUUCUUCUAAUCAACAAACAGGCCUGUGCUGACCUGCCAAUGGAAUUUAAAAAAUGGACCACGGCCCCCAAUUGCUUGUAUCUCAAAGGAAAGAGAAAUUAUGCGGAAGCUGCUGAGAACAUUUUGUUUAGAGUAUUGGGGGAGGGUGGAGCCUUCAUCUGAAUAGAUCACUUAGAACACCUCUGCUAGUUUUAAGGGAUGGUCAUUUGUGUACCUUGCUCAUGAAUGUAGAAGCUCCAAAAGCAUUUCCACUGGUUCAUUCUUCAGUAAGUGUAUGAGAGAAGCCUUUUCUGUUAAAAUCAUUUGGGUCAGAUUCAGAUGCAUUCCCCUGUUCUGCUCUGUCCCCCAGAUAGUUGCCUUUCUUGUCCACAUCUUGGCCAAGCUUCAAAGUGUUGGCAAAGACAAUGGGCUUCUGUUAUGUUUUCCAGUAAGUGCUGUGAGGCAACCAGUUAAUCUUAUGAUUUAUUGUAACAGCACUGACAGCUCUAAGUUGGUGUGUCUGAUUUUCUAAUAGCAGCACUUAUCAUGUCAGAUGGAAGGGUUCCAAGUUACUGCAGAUGUCUGGGACCAACCCCACUACAAGCCCCCCCCCCUUUCCACUUAGACUAUUAAUCAUGCAUGCAUUCCCAAGCCAUGCUGUGUGCAGUCCAUCUCUUUUCCAAAGAUUGCCACCUGCAGAGAUGGUUCUGCUGUAUUCCAGGGGAGACUCUCUCCCCUAAAAAUGGUUUUCUUUUGCUGCAGUACUUGGCAGAGAACUGCUCAAAGGACCACUCCAGCCAGAAGUGAAAAACAGAAAGGAACCCCGGCCUACCUCUUUUCUAAUGCCAGUGAGUGAGUGUGCCAGGGUCAAGAUGCAGAUACUUCCAAGCCUGCUAAGGAGCUGGCUUGUGCCUUUUAGCGAAGUGAGCCCAUGUGAUGUCAUAAUUCCCUAGCAGCUCUUUGAUCCUGGACAGAUGUGUUUUGCUUUAAUGGGUCUAUGGCUUAUGUAUACACACUCCAGUAUUGCUGCAGGGAACUGUAUUUCACGUCCACUUGUUUUCUGUUCUAGUAUUAGUCCUUUCCAGAAUUGUUAACAAUAAAGCAUUUGUGGUA